AUGGGAAUAAUACCACCCUCAGAAAGUAUUUGUGUCCUAUGCAAUUCAGACAUCGAAGACCACAAUCACCUCCUACUCCACUGCCAAUUCUCCAACCAGCUAUGGACACUUUGGCUCGACAUAUGGAACCUCAAAUGGUCCCUCCCCCUCCACAUUAGGGAAGCUUUUGAUCAAUGGAGUACCCCCCAUAAUAGUCCCUUCUUCAAAAAAGUAUGGCUGGCAGCCUUCUUCAUCAUUACAUGGACAAUAUGGAAGGAAAGGAACUCCCGCAUCUUCAAUAAUGCCGCAAACUCCAUCUCCCACCUUCAUGAGAUGGUGCUUCUUCGCCUAGGAUGGUGGAUCACAGGUUGGAAAGAUCAGUUCCCUUACUCCCCAACUGAUGUUCAAAGAAACCCUUCUUGUCUCUUAUGGGGUGGACAACUCUGCAAUAAAAUCACACGAGUUAUUCCAGUUUCACGAGCAUCAUGGAUUGCUCCUCUUCAAAACUGCCUUAAAUGGAAUGUAGAUGCCUCAGCUAUGCAAAACUCCUCAAGGUCUGCAAUUGGUGGAGUACUUCGUGACCACAACGGCAACUUCAUUUGCUUAUUUUCUUUGCCCAUUCCAGUCAUGGAGAUCAAUAGUGCAGAAGUAUUGGCAAUUCACAGGGCCAUCUCAAUCACCCUAGCAAGCCCCCGCAUCAAAAAACUCACAUACAAUCAUUGA